GGUUAUGUCGAAAGGUUUUGAGGUUGAGUGACGUUAUCUCCUUUCUUUUUGUUCUUUCACUUUUUACUUACAUGUGCCGUUCUGGUACCGUUCAAGUGUUUACAGAAGAUUUACAAUGGAAAGCAAUGAACCUGUUCAAAAAACACCAAAACAACUUGAAAAAGAAGCAAAAAAGUUAGCCAAGCUAGAAAAGUUCAAGCAGAAGCAGGAGAAAAAUGUUCAACCUGCCGAUCAAAAUAAAGAGAAAGUUGAGAAAAAAGAGAAAGCUGUCAAAGACUUUAAAAAGGAUGUGAUAACGUAUACAAGCAAUACUCCUGAUGGAGCUAAGAAGGACAUUGAUGGCCCUAUGCCUGAUUCCUAUAGUCCUCAGUAUGUGGAAGCGGCCUGGUAUAGCUGGUGGGAGAAACAGGGUUUUUUCAAGCCCGAGUAUGGCCGUAAAAGUAUUUCGGAACCUAAUCCGAAUGGAAAAUUUGUAAUGGUCAUCCCACCUCCUAAUGUAACUGGCUCCCUUCAUCUUGGUCAUGCAUUGACUAAUGCUGUGGAAGACUCAAUUACUAGAUGGCAUCGCAUGAAAGGACGCACAACUCUGUGGAACCCGGGCUGUGAUCAUGCCGGUAUUGCCACCCAGGUGGUCGUGGAGAAGAAGCUGUGGCGGGAGGAGGGCAAGACCAGGCAUGAUGUCGGACGAGACAAGUUCAUCGACAAAGUGUGGCAGUGGAAACAUGAGAAAGGUGACCGCAUCUAUCUACAGCUGCGAAAACUGGGCUCGUCGUUCGAUUGGGACCGCGCCGCCUUCACGAUGGACCCGAAACUGUGUCGUGCUGUGGUCGAGGCCUUUGUGCGCCUGCAUGAUGACGGGGACAUCUACAGAAGCAACAGACUCGUCAACUGGUCCUGUUCGCUUAAAUCGGCUAUAUCCGAUAUCGAGGUGGAUAAAAUGGAAUUGCCGGGAAAAACGUUCCUUUCAAUCCCUGGUUACAAGGAUAAGGUUGAGUUUGGAGUGCUGGUCUCAUUCGCGUACAAGGUUGAAGGCGGGAGCGACGAGCUGAUUGUGUCGACGACUCGUAUCGAGACUCUGUUCGGAGACACGGCGGUGGCUGUACACCCCGAGGAUCCCAGAUACAAGCAUCUGCAUGGCAAGCGGGUGGUGCAUCCCUUCUGCGACCGCACUUUGCCCAUUGUCACCGAUGACUUUGUGGACAAGGAAUUCGGAACUGGUGCUGUGAAAAUAACUCCAGCGCACGAUCACAACGAUUACGAGGUUGGGAAACGACACAAUCUGCCGUUCUUGACAGUGAUUGAUGAGAAUGGAAUUAUGACCGGGGAUUGUGGCAAGUUCACUGGUAUGAAACGUUUCGAAUGCAGGAAAGAAGUGAUCAAAGCUUUGGAAGAGUUGAAACUCUACAAAGGAACAGUUUCACACGCCAUGGUUGUACCUAUUUGCAGUCGCUCUAAAGAUGUAGUUGAGCCUCUCAUCAAGCCCCAAUGGUACAUCAAAUGCGGAGAUAUGGCUCAGAAAGCAAUGGAUGCUGUAAGCUCAGGGGAACUGAAGAUCAUUCCAGAAUUCCACAAUAAGACAUGGUUCCAUUGGAUGGAGAAUAUCAGGGAUUGGUGUGUAUCCAGACAAUUGUGGUGGGGACAUAGGAUUCCGGCCUACUAUGUGACUAUCGAUGAUCCCUCUGUUAAAGCAGGAACGGAAAUCGAUAACGAAUAUUGGGUAAGCGGGCGUUCGGAGCAGGAAGCUGCUGAAAAGGCAGCUAAGAAGUUUGGAGUUCCAGUUUCAAAAAUCAAAUUGAAGCAAGACCCCGAUGUGCUUGAUACUUGGUUCAGCUCGGGACUGUUUCCGUUCUCCAUAUUUGGAUGGCCGGAAGAGACCGAGGAGCUGAAGGCAUUCUACCCUGGAACACUUCUGGAAACCGGACAUGACAUCAUAUUCUUCUGGGUUGCGAGAAUGGUGUUUUUCGGCCAAAGAUUACUCAAUAAACUUCCUUUCAAAGAAAUCUUCCUGCACCCAAUCGUCCGCGACGCUCACGGCCGCAAGAUGAGCAAGUCGCUGGGCAACGUGAUCGAUCCGAUGGACGUAAUAGCGGGCGCUACGCUCGCCCACCUACAUCAGCAGCUGGCCGACAGCAACCUGGACCCGGCCGAGUUGGAGCGGGCCAGGCAGGGCCAGCGCAAGGACUAUCCGGCCGGAAUUCCCGAAUGCGGCACCGAUGCGCUGCGGUUUGCGCUCUGUGCCUACAUGACGCAGGGUCGUGACAUCAACCUGGACAUCCUCCGGGUGCAGGGCUACCGGUUCUUCUGCAACAAGUUGUGGAACGCCACAAAGUUCGCGCUGACUUACCUCAAGCAGGAAAGCGGCAGCAAUGUUAAGCAAUCUGUAAGCAAUAAUAGUGUGAUAUCAGUGGUGGUGGACAGGUGUAGCAGGAACUGUGCUCAAAAGUCAACAGAUGCAAUAACGGUUAUUAACAGUUACCUGGCUGAUAACAGUUACUUGGACGGUUACACGUUGACUGAGUUGGACCGUAGGGUGUAUGAGGAGCUUGCUGUCUGUGGUGGGUUCGGCUCCCGAAAGACUUUUCCGCACAUUAAUCGCUGGGCAAGACAUAUCAAAAGUUUUCCUCAUGGAUCUGGGAGCAAUGAUGUAUCUGCAGUAAGAUUCUUCUUCAACUUUCUCAUUCUAAUGCUUGUUCCUUCUCUGUUCUCGCCUUCUAUGCAUUCUUCAUCUACUUCAUGUCUUCCUUUGCAUUUUCUUUACCGUCUCAUUUUUGUACUUUACAUAUCAAUACUCAUAUUUAUUUUUAGGGCUAAACAAACUAGUUGCCGGUGUGAACACCUCCACUCAUUUACACUGUUUUCAUUUCAGGAAUCGAUCAAACCAGUGUUCAGCGGCGAUGAUCAGGAGGCGAAAGAGGCGGCCCGUGUCACCCUGUACACUGUUUUCGAUGCCGGACUGAGGCUGUUGUCUCCGUUUAUGCCGUUCAUCACUGAGGAGUUGUAUCAGCGGCUGCCAUUGGUCCAAAAUGCGCCCGUUAAACCGAAAGCGGCCAGUAUCUGUGUGGCGCCUUAUCCGGAUUUGGAAGAAUGCAACUGGCGCAAUGUGGCUCUUGAACAAGAAUUGGAAUUUGCGCAUUCCAUUGUGCGCAGUUUGAGAUCUACAAGGUCGGACUACAAUCUUGUCGCCAAGGUCAAGGUUGAUGUAUUUGUGUGCUGUUCUGACAAGAGCACAGAGAGCAUAGUUGAGAAGUUUUCGUUGCUGAUUAAGACUUUGGCAGGCUGCAAUAAGCUUGAACUCACUCAGGAGCCUCCAGUGGGCUGUGCUAUUCUCACAAUCUCCGACAAGUGUAUCGUGCAUAUGUUGAUCAAGGGACUAAUCGACGCGGAAAAAGAGCUGACUCGCUUGCAGAAGAAGAAGGAAGGCCUUGAAGGCGUGAAAAGUAAAUUGGAACAAAAUAUGUCGAUGGCCGACUACGAUAAGAAAGUGCCUGUCGAUGUGCAAGAAGCAAACUCGGAAAAACUGAGGCAAUACAACGGAGAAAUGCAGAGGGUUAUCGAUGCAAUCGCCGCACUCAAAACUUUAUAGCGAGUUGUUUGUUGUUAACUUGCUCGUUAUUCCAAAUAACAGUGAAUAAAAUAACAUUCGUAUAGA